AUGGCCUUCAUUCGUUUUCGCUGCGUCUUACUGUUUGCGUUCCUUGCGGCGGCGCUGGUGGCGGCUGCCUACGCUAAGAAGAAUCCUGUUUCCAGAAAAAUCCCCCCCGUUUCUUCUGACGCCUUCAAUGCUACCAUGUAUAGCGUGCUCGAGAUUCCCCAGAAUGACACUGAAGCUGCUGUGAACGCCAUCGGCGACGAAUACGGAUGGGGCCAAAUGGAGUUGUUUAUCCACAAGGAAAACGGCCAGCCAGUGUGGCUCGAGUACGGAGUGAAAGUUUAUGCCUUGCAGCAACUUCCGGGAUUUCGCGGCCGGCCUGUUUGGACCAAGAAGGUCCCGAUCAUCAUGACGCAUGUGCACAAUGCAACAGAGGGAUCAAACGGUCCCAAGAAUUUGGCGGAACGGACAGCGGCAUUUGUGUCAACUCUCAAUGCGAUUCGAAAGGAUCCGAGUGGGUUCUAUGGGAACAUUCACACCAUGAGAAUCAGCGGGGUGAGGGAUGUUGGGCAGUUGGGCAUGUAUGCUGGGAAUUAG